AUGACAGUGCUGCCACAUGACUACUCACUUCCGCACACCAAGAAGGUGAAUUUGGAAAAGUUACAACCUUCGUAUGUGUCGGGUACUUCCAAGGAGGCCUAUAACAUGACAAAGGAAAAUUUGAAGGAAGCGACGAGAGCGCGAGAUCAUGUGAUUAUGGCCAUGAGCAAAGCAAAGCCUUAUCAGGUGGUUGUGGCUGCCAUUGAAAAGUAUUUGCCAUAUCUCACGGGUAUUUUACAUGCCACCGAGAACGAACAACUCAAAUCUCAAAAAGAACUGAAAGACAAGGAUGCUGUCCUUUUCGAAUGGACCAGUGGGAUAUUAGGAGAGGAAAAUAAGUCAUUCAUGAAAUCGAAAAAGUAUUUUACUUCCAGACUCAUUACUUUUGAAGUGAUCAUGAUCGUAUAUACUUAUGGAUUUGCAUUAUGUAAUUUAGCAUCAGAGAAAAUCAAACAAACAACAAAUUUAUUAGACAACAAUUCUAUCAUUGAAAUAUAUCAAGAUGCGGCACUGUUUCUCCGAAAAGCAUGGGGGGUUUUUAAUUAUUUAGCGACUAAUGGACUUGUCAACUAUGUCAGCGGACAAGAUAGUUCUCAUUUGCAACAAAUAUCUGCAACAUCUUCAAAUGGAUCCUCACCAGUUCCUAGUCCAGUUAAUUCCUCAUACUCUCCAAUUUUCCCAACCAUCCACACAAAAUUAUCCUUUCCAAAAUCUUCAUUUCCUCUUCUUCCUGAACUGGACGUUUUAUGUGCUAAAGGCCUCAUGGAAUAUGCGCAAGGAGUUGGUCAAGUAAUUGCAAUUCAUACCGCCAUAGCAACUGGCAAGUCCUCUGGAAUGAUUGCAAGAUUAAGUGUCUCAGUGUACAAAACUUUUGAUCAUGCCCAGCAGAGCUUUAUGACAUUGGAUACCAAGUUGAAAAAUCAGAACGAUAAGAGCACGACAACAGGUUUAGAAAAUAUGGGAAGUAUUUUAGAUACAGAGCUACGAUUAAUUUGUGCACAAUACCGCAUUUUGUACAGAGGAAUUACAUUAUAUUACCUCGCACUUGACGCAAAUCAGAAUGGCAAGAGCGGUAUUUCCGUCUGUUAUAUAGUGAACGCCAAUAAGCAAUUAGAAGAAAUGGAUGUUUUUGAUGAAAUUUCCAAGAGUAAUCCUUUCAUGAAUGAAACACGAAGAAUUUUUGCAGAGUCUAAAAAACUGGAAACAAGCAAAAUUCAACAAAAAAUUUCGAGUCAUCACCAAAUGGCAUUCCGUAUUCACACCUUCUCUCGUGCUGCUUGGCAAUUCUACACUGAAAUGCUGCAACAACAUCCUGUCAAGACGAAAGGACUUACAUGUGGAUUCUGUACCGUCAUUGGAGACUUUUUCACACAAGACCGAUUACGAACAAAAUUUCAACACCUGAUGCCGGAGAACACUUCCGACGCUGACAACAACAAAACUUCUUCUCACUCCUUCUCUCGAUCUAUCAAACUCUUCCUCUAUGGUACUCUAUUAUUGGGCCCAUCUUUACAUUAUUGGUUUCGAACGUUGGAUAAAUUAUUGCCUUCCAGUGGCUGCCACAAGGUAAUCUUUCAACAAGGAACAAGAUCAUCAUUAUGGAAAAAUUAUUUCAAUAGCUCUAGAUUGGUGUGGAGUGCAAAAAGAGUCCUUGUUGAACAAGCAAGCUAUUCACUCUUUGUGACUUCCAUGUACUUGUUCACAAUGGGCAGUUUGGAUUAUAUUUGGAAUGAGGAAACAUUUGUCCAGUGGCACAGAACAGAAUACACGAAUUAUCAAGAAAUGAUUGCAAACAAAUUCAAUGACGAUUUUCAGUCCACACAUUUUCAUGUGAUGAAAUAUUUUCCAAUUUCCAAUUUUGUGAAUUUUUUAGUAAUUCCACCAUUGUACAGAGGACUAUUUAUUAAUUUGAUGGGAGUAUUUUAUAACGUUGGACAUUGGAUGUUUGAUGACAAGACGAAUAUUGCUCUGGAUACUGAAGGAGAAUCUUCACCAUUCGAUUCAUUUGUGUUAAAAACAUUACCUCAGGAUGAAAUAAUGAAAGAUGAAGAAGAAAGUUGUUAA